GGCGGGGCCUCGCGGCCGGAGCCCCGCCCCCGCGGAGGCGGCCGCGCCGGGGGUGUGUCCUGGGCGGGGCCGCGGCCCGCCCCGCCCGGUGGCGCCGCGGUGACCAGCGCCGGGAGGGCUCGGCCCCGGGAUGCCACACCCAACCCAGCUGUACCAGGAUGUGCCCGAGUCGUGCUGGCCCAUUGUGUACUCCCCACGUUACAACAUCACCUUCCUGGGCCUGGAGAAGCUGCACCCUUUCGACGCAGGAAAAUGGGGCAAAGUGAUCAGCUUCCUGAAAGAAGAAAAGCUGCUUUCGGACAGCAUGCUGGUGGAGGCCCGGGAGGCCUCGGACGGGGACCUGCUGGUGGUGCACACGAGACGCUAUCUCAAUGAGCUGAAGUGGUCCUUCGCAGUCGCCACCAUCACAGAAAUCCCCCCGGUGCUCUUCCUCCCCAACUUCCUGGUGCAGAGGAAGGUGCUGCGGCCCCUUCGCACGCAAACUGGAGGGACCAUCAUGGCAGGGAAGCUGGCCGUCGAGCGAGGCUGGGCCAUCAAUGUUGGGGGCGGCUUUCACCACUGCUCCAGUGACCGGGGCGGGGGUUUCUGUGCCUACGCGGACAUCACGCUGGCCAUCAAGUUCCUGUUUGAGCGUGUGGAGGGCAUCUCCCGAGCCACCAUUGUUGACCUCGAUGCCCACCAGGGCAACGGGCACGAGCGGGACUUCAUGGGCGACAAGCGCGUGUACAUCAUGGACGUCUACAACCGCCACAUCUACCCUGGGGACAGCUUCGCCAAGCAGGCCAUCCAGAGGAAGGUGGAGCUGGAGUGGGGCACGGAGGACUCGGAGUACCUGAGGCGGGUGGAGAGGAACCUGCAGAGGGCGCUGCAGGAGUCCGCGCCCGACGUGGUGGUGUACAACGCGGGCACCGACGUCCUGGAGGGUGACCGACUCGGGGGGCUGGCCAUCAGCCCGCAGGGUGUAGUGAAGCGGGAUGAGCUGGUGUUCCGGGUGGUCCGCGGGCAGCAGGUGCCCAUCCUUAUGGUGACGUCAGGCGGGUACCAGAAGUGCACGGCCCGCAUCAUCGCUGACUCCAUCCUCAACCUGCACAACCUGGGGCUCAUCGGGCCCGAGUCCCAGAACCUGUCCUCGCAGAGCUCCGAUACGCCUCUGCUGUCCCCCCAGACGCCCUGAGCCCGCC